UGGAAAUACCUGUUCUAAUCGCCUGCACAUCGCUUACAAAACUAGCAGCAAGUCAGUUUCCAUUGUUAGAUAGAUAAACGCUGAAGGAAAACACAAUGGAGAUAUCCGAGUCGACAAGAGUGGUAUUUUUUGUUAGUCGAGUAUUCGGUCUCGCGCCGUAUGUGAUAAAAAGAACAACCAAAGGACAAAUUGUGGAUUACAAGCGGAAUAUGGUGCUCGUGAUUUACGGCUUAUGCAUCGUGUUUUGUUUAGCUGGAUUAACGUAUAAAGGAAUAUUUUUUGAUAUAAACUCUAAAAAACCAAUACGUUUCGUUUUCAGAAUGAAGACAGCAACAUCGAAAGUGGUGACUACAGUGGAUGUUUCCGUUGUCGUUUCUGCUUGUAUUUGUGGCGUUUUUUGCGGUGUGUUCGGGCUUCCAUUCGUAAGAGAACUAAAUCAACGUUUAAAUGAGGCGGACGAUAUGCUUUCGAUGUUCGUCGCCGCAAGAAAACAGGACACGGAGAAGCGAAAAGGUCUCACGAUGCUGGCCCUGGUGGGUGUCAUCAUAACAGGUGCACUAGCUCUCGACAUUUGGGUCUGGUAUCGAAUAGCAGAAAAAAUAAAGAAGGAAAAUCAAGAUUCAGGUGCCAAUGUACUGGGAUACUGCCCAUUCUAUGCCCUUUAUUACAUCCUGAUGAUGUUCCAUGUUCUGUUUGCACAGUCAGCACUAGGAAUAAAUAGCCGAUUUCGUCGACUCAACAUGGCACUUUAUCACGUGUUUCCUGAAUUUCACAAAAUUCCCAUAAUUGAAAUAACGUCAGUGUCAUCAGCCAACAACACCUUGGAAAUGUUGGAGAACAUAAUGGAGCCGAAGAAAGGUUUAACGACUGUUUCCCAUGCUCGUCACAAACGACCUUCCGUGUCUUCGAAUCGUAUGAUUGAAGACCUGGCCUACAUUCAUGCCUCAUUAUCAACUGGAGUGGUAUUGGUAUCGAAUACGUUUGGCAUUGCGUUACUGGCAGUUUUAGGCUCGUGUCUGCUGCAUUUAGUGGCCACUUCGUACUUUUUGAUGAUUGAACUUGUAGGUGAUAAGGAUGCGGUGUUUUCCUGGAUUCAGGCGCUUUGGUUAUUCAUUCAUAUUUUUCGUUUUAUUCUAACCGUGGAGCCUUGCCAUAUUACGAAUGUUGAGGCCCGGCGGACAAUGACCAUUGUUUGUAAUCUUAUGAGAACCUGUAAGGAUUCGUUGGCAAAAGAACGUUUGGAGAAUUUUUGGCGCCAGCUGGUUGACAAUAAUUCUGUGUUCACCGCAUGUGGUUUAUGUACGAUCGAUAGACAUAUAAUUACAUCGUAUUGUGGAGCUAUAGCAACUUAUUUGGUAAUUUUGAUGCAGUUCAAGGAAGCAGACGAUAACCCUAAUCCAAUAACAAACCAAUCUGGGAGACUAGUUACCUAACUAUGUCCGACCAGUUCUUUAAGUUGCGAAAAUUUGUGUAAUACUUAUAGGUGCUAAUACUGCUUGAAUUUGUUUGCUUUUCUCGUACGCUCUAGAUAUAAUAUCACUUGAAAAUAAAUUAACUGCUGC